CUUCCAAUUGCCGGUAAUUAUAUUCAUAGCGUUCGCGUCCAUUUUCGGUGUCGUUCAAAGGGACUGUGAAGCAAUUCGCCGCUUUUUUAACUUUUGCAACAACAAGCCCAUAAUGGAUUUCGAAUAUGUUUCUGACGCUUCUCAGUAGCUUACUCUCGUGAGGCUGAUUGCUUGGUUUCUAGACCUCGUCACCUUGGUGGGGGAUUUGUAACGAUAUAUUUAGCCUCUCUCGUUUGGGAUAUUGCCAUUGGAGCAAGAGAAGACACAAACGGAAAAUCAAAUUGGAUUGCCAGGUUUCCAGGAAGAUGCGGCUGUGAGCUUGCUCAGAGUGCUGAUCCUGUGGGUCUUCACCUGAUCGUGACCAUGGGGAUAUGGCCGGGGGGUGUCCGGGCCUGCAUUGCAGGCCAGGAGAACUGCUCUGCCAAUAAUGAGUCCAAAGCCUACUGUUACUCAGCCCGUAUCCGCAGCACCGUGCUUCAGGGCCUACCCUUUGGAGGGGUCCCCACAGUCCUUGCGCUGGACUUCAUGUGCUUCCUGGUGCUUCUCUUUGUCUUCUCAGUACUGCGGAAAGUGGCCUGGGAUUAUGGACGCUUGGCAUUGGUGACAGACGCUGACAGAUCGAAGAAGCGUUUCAACGGAUUGGAGGAGCGGGAAUAUGUUGCCUCAGCUCUGCAUUCUGAAACGCCAGACCGCUAUGAACGUCUCACUUCAGUCUCCAGCUCUGUCGACUUCGAUCAACGGGAUAACGGCUUCUGUUCCUGGUUAACUGCCAUCUUCAGAAUAAAGGACGAGGAGAUCCGGGAGAAGUGUGGCGAGGACGCCGUGCACUACCUUUCCUUCCAGCGCCACAUCAUCGGCCAGCUGGUGGUUGUUGGGGUUCUGUCUGUGGGCAUCGUCCUGCCGGUCAACUUUUCUGGAGACCUUUUGGAAAAUAAUCCAUACAGCUUUGGGCGGACCACUAUAGCAAACCUGAAGUCUGGGACUAACCUCUUGUGGCUCCACACUUCGUUUGCAUUCAUAUACCUGCUUCUGACUGUGUACAGCAUGAGACGACACACGUCCAAGAUGCAUUACAAGGAGGAUGACCUGGUGAAACGCACUUUGUUUAUUAAUGGGAUCUCCAAAUAUGCCGAAGAGGUCCACAUAAAACAACACUUUCAACAAGCCUAUGAGAACUGCACUGUUCUUGAUGCUCGAAUCUGCUACAACGUAGCCAAACUCAUGUCCCUGAAUGCUGAGAGGAAGAAGACAGAGCGCAGUUUAAAGUUCUUCACUGAUCUCAUGGCCAAAGAGCACAUGCCCACCAUGGUCAACCCCAAACCCUGUGGCCACCUCUGCUGCUGUGUCAUCAAAGGCUGUGAGCAGGAAGAGGCGGUGAGCUUCUAUACUAAGCGGGAGGCCAAAUUGAAGGAGGAGUACAGAAAGGAGAAAGAGAAGGUCAACACUAAACCUCUUGGCAUGGCGUUCGUCACUUUCCAGAAUGAGGCCAUGACUGCAAUAAUCCUAAAGGACUUCAAUGCCUGCCAAUGCCAUGGCUGCACAUGUCGCCAAGAGCCCAAGUCAUCCCAGUUCAGUGAAAGUCUCCACAUCUACAACUGGAGUGUGAGCUAUGCUCCUGACCCUCAAAACGUGCGCUGGGAGCAUUUAUCGUUGGGGGGGGUUUCCUGGUGGAUUCGCUGCUUCAUCAUCAACUGCAUCCUUUUCCUCCUGCUCUUCUUUCUCACCACGCCCGCCAUCAUUAUCUCCACGAUGGACAAGUUUAACGUCACCAAGCCUGUGGAGUAUCUCAAUAACCCCAUCAUCACCCAGUUCUUCCCUACUUUGCUCCUGUGGGCUUUCUCUGCCCUGCUGCCCACCAUCGUCUACUACUCUGCUUUCUUCGAGAAACACUGGACGAGGUCGGGGGAGAACCGGACCACCAUGCACAAGUGCUACACCUUCCUCAUCUUCAUGGUCCUCUUGCUGCCUUCACUGGGUCUUAGCAGUUUGGAUGUCUUCUUCCGCUGGCUGUUUGAUAAGAAAUUCCUUGCUGACGCCACUGUCAGAUUUGAGUGUGUCUUCCUCCCUGACAACGGAGCCUUCUUUGUCAACUAUGUCAUCGCCUCAGCGUUUAUCGGUAACGCCAUGGACCUGCUGCGGAUUCCAGGCUUGCUCAUGUAUAUGAUCCGACUGUCCCUGGCCCGUUCCUCUGCAGAGAGGCGCAACGUAAAGAGGCAUCAAGCGUUUGAAUUCCAGUUUGGAGCGGCCUACGCCUGGAUGAUGUCCGUCUUCACUGUAGUUAUGACAUACAGCAUCACCUGUCCAAUCAUCGUCCCCUUUGGUCUGAUGUACAUGCUGCUGAAGCACCUGGUGGAUAGAUACAACAUGUAUUACGCUUACCUUCCCUCGAAACUGGACAAGAAAAUCCACUCAGGUGCUGUCAAUCAGGUGGUGGCAGCUCCCAUCCUCUGUCUCUUUUGGCUGCUAUUCUUUUCCACCAUGCGCACAGGCUUUGUAACCCCCACGUCCAUGUUCACUUUGGUGGUCCUAAUCAUCACCAUUGUGGUAUGCCUGUCGCACGUCUGCUUCGGCCACUUCAAGUACCUCAGCGCUCACAACUACAAGGUACGGGUCACUGUGCUCAAGAUUGACACCAAGGAAACAGAUGUUGACGUGGUUGAAAAUGGCCGCCCACCACUCCGCACCUUCUCCUCUCCUUCUAAUAAGUCUCAGCAACCAACGUACAUUGCCCAGGUCUUACAGGACCCAAUCAUGGAUGACGCUUGCACAGGCAGUGGGGAGGAAGAUCGGGGGUCCUCACAGGAUGAGGAGAUGAUCAACACUGGGAAUAGUCUCAAUGAAGCUGACUUCCAGUCCGGUGAAGACAGCCUCAUAGCCAACGAGGUCCACCAGUAACACUACCAGCUGAGAAAGGGGAAAGAGCGAAAGAUGGUGAGAGAGGGAUUUUGGAGAGGAUGAAUGCCAGACUCGAACAACAAACCACCAACUUCACUUUGGAUUCUAAAACAAUUUGCAGUCAUUCCUCCCCCAUGCUCCCCCACUCUGUCACCUUUUUUCAGUUGUGCCUCUGCACAUUGGCAUUACCAGAAAAUGCCAGAUACAUCACAUCACAACACACACACACACACACACACACACACACACACACACACACACACACACACACACACACACACACACACACACACAGUGUAAUUGUGAAUGGUUUUGUUAAGUUUAAUUUGGAGCUUGUCUGUGCGGAUUCUUCAAAGUCCCCUCAGUGUAUUUUGAACACCUAUCGGAGCGAUAUGAAUCUGGGUGUUGACGCCCCUUGUUUUAUUUAUUUAUCUACUGGAGUCCUACACUUUUAUGGAGCUUCUAUGGAGCACAAGUCCAACACUGGUUUUCAUCAAAUCCAAAAAGAUGGAGUCCCAGGAAAGAAACCAUACAAUAGCAUAGACUUUGUACAUAUCCCAAAAUAUGCCAACCGUUUUUGUGUCUCUUAUUGGAAAGAGGAGGUCAAAAUUGUGCCUGGUUUGGGUUUCUUUUCAUCUAUGUUUCCUUACUAAAUCCCCAUCAGGGUGGCUCAGGACUGGUGGAGAGGUCAUGAAAAUUAGGCUACCAAGCCUGCUCCAAACACAGGUCCCAUGAACUUUUAUGGAUCUACAGACGCAUACCCAAACUAAACUUUGUUCAUUCUUGUCAACGUGCAAAGCACCCUGCAUUAGGUCUUCUUUCUCAUAGCUUAUGAACAAAAUGACUUGCUUGCCCCUUUUUUCUUUGAAAUCUUAUGUUCGUCAUAAGAUAUUCACUCUGCCACUGAACAUCCUAGCCAGUGGUUGGAGACACCAUCUUAACAUGACGUAUAAAAACAUGAUGCAGUCACUGUCAAGUUUGUGUAUUAUUAUUUUUUACUUCAUGUGUCUCACGUCACUGAAUGGGCACUGUUGGAGGAUAUUAGGGCCAUCACAUCGGCCCUCUGUUGUGUCAUCGAUAUUCCAAAGAUGGCAGUGGGCAUGGCAUGCCAAACAGCCAACAGACCAGGGUCCGCUCAGAUGGAUUGUGGGGUUUCUGGUGUGACGUGUGUUGUCAUGGCAUUUGUCUACUGUCCUCCUGCCUGUGAUGCCCUGUCAGUCACCUGGUCUUGCUGCUCCCCAUCUCAGUUUCCAAAGGGUCAGUCGUGGAUGGCUUGGCGACUCUUGC